UGUUUUUUUUUGUUAUAACCUAAUACAGAAAUUGUUAGUGACAGAAAUUUUUGAUCUUCGUAAAUUGAGAAAUCAUAGAAUCCGAGACGUUAAUAUAGGUUUAGUAAUAUAACAUAUUAAUAAUAUAAACUUUUUUAAAAAGCAAGAUGUGUGAUAAAAGCAAAUGCAGUUGCAAAAAGAAAGGUGGUCAGGCGGCUGCAUCUGUUGUUCAAUUACUAGAAUCCGAAUUCACCAAAUAUUUAGAAAAACCAAGUAAUUCUUUACUGAGAAAGUACUUAACUCGUGAUGUUUUUGAUAAGCUAAAGACACGAAAAACGCGUUUUGGUUCAUCUCUCUUGGAUGUUAUUCAGUCAGGUAUGAAAAACCCUGAUUCUAAUAUUGGUGUCUACGCCUGCGAUCCCGAGGCUUACACUAUUUUUGCUGCGCUCUUCGAUCCGAUUAUUGAAGAAUAUCACGAAGGAUUUAAACCUAUGGAUAUCCAUCCUCCUGCGAAUUGGGGUGAUCCUUCAGUCAUGCCUAAACUAGAUCCCGAAAACAAGUAUAUUAUUUCAACGAGGAUUCGAUGUGCAAGAUCUUUAGAAAAUUAUCCUUUUAAUCCAACGAUGACCAAUGAACAUUAUUUUGAAAUACAGGAUAAGCUUUCGCGGGCGUUGGAGAGUUUGGAUGGUGAACUCAAAGGUAAAUACUACCCUCUGAAGGAUAUGGACAAGGAAACCAAACAGCGUCUGAUCGAUGAACACUUUCUUUUCAAGGAAGGUGACCGCUUUUUACAAGAUGCUCAUGCUUGUGAAUUCUGGCCGAACGGACGUGGUAUCUUCUAUAAUGAUAAGAAAACUCUAUUAGCAUGGUGUAAUGAAGAAGAUCAUUUGCGUUUAAUAUCGAUGCAAAUGGGUGGUGAUCUUACUGCAGUUUAUACUCGAUUGAUUAAUGCUAUUUGUAAGAUGGAACGCCAGGUGAAAUUUUCGCACGACAAGCGUCUCGGAUAUUUAACCUUCUGCCCGACUAAUCUCGGCACAACUAUUCGUGCCUCAGUGCAUAUCAAACUGCCGAAGCUCGCCGUUGAUUUACCUGAGUUCGAAAAAAUUGCUGGUACUUAUAAUCUUCAGGUGCGUGGAACUCGAGGCGAACAUAGUGAAAGUGAAGGCGGCGUCUAUGAUGUCAGCAACAAGCGGCGAAUGGGUUUGACUGAACAUGAAGCAAUUCUAGAAAUGGGUAAAGGAAUUGCCGAACUGAUCAAGAAGGAAGAAUCUUUAUAAGAAAAAUAAUAACUAUAUUUACUGCCGAUACAUUUCGU